AUGACAUCUUUUGAGCCCACUCGAGAGAGUACAACUCUUAUGGACCAGCAAGACAGCCCUCAGUCUGUCGAAAUGACACCGCACGUUAAAACGAGAAUACCCGAAAAGUCAAGUCAGUCACCAUUUUGGCUUACAAAGGCCGCCCUACUUCUAUUUGUUUGUAUCUUUACGUCCUGUGCCGCAUCACUCAUUGUUCUGCACUACUUCAUGCAUGCACGAGGUGGCCUACCACUGAAAUUCUCCUCAAGCGAGUACUCCUGGACAUAUGGCCCAACAGCUAUACUCGUCAUCAUCCUGAGUCUAUGGAGACGCAUCGACUACUACUACAAGUCAACACAGCCUUGGAUGGAACUUCAAUCUGGCCCUGUCCCCGCUUCUAGAUCAUUGCUUCUUGAUUACAUAUCGCCUUUUCAACUGCAAAGUAUGUACCGGUCGUUUAGAUUUGGCCAUUACCGUGUCACUGCUACAAUCUUUUCGUUCUUUCUACUGAAGGGUGUUAUUCUUGUGUCCACCACUUUAUUCGUCGUUCAAAAUUAUUCACACUUUGAGGAGCUCGAUAUCACGUAUGAAAACUCUUUUGAUGCAGCUAGAAUCUGGACUUCUCCACCAUACAACUUGGGGUUUGUCACGGAUAACCAAAUACCGAUUUUGGAUGGUGGUUCCGACACGUCUGUCUGGAAGUACCUCGCACGUCUAAACGGCGCAGCACAGAAUGACUCGGCUUGGGAAACUAAAGACGGACUCGUUACUCGACAGUUCCGACCAACAGAGUCAACUUCGAAUAUUACCUCCAUCGAAGCACCAGCGUUGCUACUUUCGAAUUUCGAUGUUCAAACAACAAAACGAACGAAAUGUACUGUGGAGCGAAGCCUUGGCACUAUUCUCUUAUCCGUGCAAAUUGCUCAAACGGGAUCAACAACACUGAACAGGUAUGCAGCCAUCUUGUCCAAUAGCCCUACCGUGCAAGAUCUAUUGAAAGAGUCGGGACACUCCAACGAAAAAGAUUUGGUUUCUAUUCUGAAGGAAGCCAGUUUCAAGGCAUCCAGUAAUGGCAGUGGAGAAUUUAGGAUUGAAGCGUCCGAUAAUAGCUUGUCAUCGAGUGCUACAACUUCGAAAGAUGCUGCAAAGGCUAAAGCUUGGGUACCUAUUACUGGAAGCCUUCCUUUUGUCAUUGCGACAGUAACCUUCCCUGUCCUAGCCAUGGGCGUACUCGAACUUUUGCAGCAACUGUCCAGCCAGAGGCAACGCCUCGUUGAUAUGCACGAGGACGACUCAACUGUAGUGUCAUAUGUUAUUCGUAUCGCCUCGACAGCAGUGGCUUUCACUAUUGCCACAAUGUUCAACAGUCUUGAUUUCACCAUAGCGACAUUUGCCCCUUACAAUGCUCUUCGAUCUGGAAGCGUUCAGGCCGACAAGAGUAUUCUGUUUCACCUGCUGUCUGUGUCUCCGUUCCUGGUUUUCAUCAAGAGUUUUCGAGCGGGUUAUGCCGGCGCAGCGACUUCUUACAUAGCAUCGUUCUUGGGCAGUUUUCUCACGAUUGCCGUUUCUGGCCUCUGGAUCCUCACCGGGAAUGUGCUUCACAUGAAAUCAUCUACAGUGAUGGUUACAAACUGGCAUGCUUCAUGGCCAAUUGAUAGCAUGGAUGAUGGAGGGGCUGCUGUGGCGUUGAAUCUUAUUCGUCACGGUGGUGCCAAUACGUCGUUAGGAAUAUUGGAAGAUGUCGUCCUCCCAGAUAUCGAACUUGCUGCAUCUCAAACUCCGACUUUUAAUAACGUUCACCAGUCUUUGAACUAUACUUACAAAGUUGGUGCUCUAAGGCCGUUUCUCAGCUGCAAGGUCAUUCCACGGGAGAAUAUCACGUCAAAUUUGAACAGAGCACUGGAAGAUUUCUUGGACGGGGACAUUAUAUCAGCACACUUCCUUGCUCCAUACGAUUGUGGCGACGUCAAAGUCAACAAGAUGGCCAACAUCUCGUUUGAAUUCAAAUUCGAUCUUUUUGGCGAUUCUCAAUGGAUUGGCCAGUACAUUGAAUUGAACGCCAGCGCUGGCGUAUCUGACGCUGAAUGCCCAUCAGUUGGUAUUUUCUUUGGACAGGUAGAUAACAUCGAUACAUCAAAAUGGGAUUUUACGGCAUUGGCCUGCUCACAAGGUAUUGAGCAAAUUCCAAUCGACGUCACAUUUAUAGGCAAUCCUGCGUUACGCCAAAUCAGUGAGGAUAUUCCACCAAAACUGCAACGGGAUAAAGGAUGGAGAUGGGUGAACAAAACAUCAAAGUCUCAAACAUUGGGUUACAGACUUCAUCGCUUCUUAACUGAUGAUUUGGUAAACUUCGGUGAACUUGAACAUGAGAUCGAGUUUGAUCCGUUCUUUAACCAAUUGGUGUUUGGUCCUAAUGGAUUGAGCAAAGAAGGUCUCGCGGGUUCAAAGAACGUGGACAAACUCAUCGAUGCAGUCGAGAGAGACUAUGCCGAAUACAUGAGGACUGUCAUUGACCGCAACUUUCGGGCAACCAAGAACACUACAGCUGAACUCAUCAGUGCAGAAGCGUUUCCCUCGAAAUUAAGCCUUUCGUCCUACAAGACUAGGAUAAGCGGGACGUCAUACGAAUAUGGCACCAGAUUAGCAAUCCACUCAACGUCAAAAAUCAUUCUCCAGAUCCUGUUGGCAGCCAUGGCAGUUCUUGGACUCGCAAGUUAUCUUCUCGUCAAGAUAGACGGAACACUCCCACGAAACCCAUGUAGUAUCGCAAGCACAAUGGGGUUCCUAGCUGGGUCCCAGCUGUGUGAUCCAAGCUCGGGAAUCAUACCCAAAGGGGCUGAGUACAUGAGUGACAAAGAGUUGAAAGAUGUGUUUGAUGGUUGGGUGUUUAGUCUUGGGUGGUGGCAUACUCAAAGAUCUUCUGAGGUCCAGUCAGGUGAAUCCGAGACUGUAGAUGCUACAGGAAGUGAACGGGGAGAUGGCGCAGAAUCGACUCAGGAGGUCUCUAAAAGGUUCGGGGUUGAUGUCGGAUGCGCUGAAGCGGCCAAGUUUUGA